AUGAAGCUGUCGUUGUCGCUCGCUCUGGGGUUGCUGUUCGCGCUCCUGGCCCUUGCUUCCGCCGCUCACCCCGGCUUCAAGGUCACCCUCACCGAAAGCGGGUUGAACUACGCGCGCGAGGUGGCGGUGGAGUACCUGGAGAAGCGGUUCGCCACGGUGCAUGUGCCCGAUGAAAGCGGCGACGCGCACGCGCCGGUGGUGGGCAAGAUCAAGUGGGAGCUCAAGGACAUCGUCAUGUCGGGCCUUCGCCUGCCCCGCUCGUCCAUCAACAUCCUGCCCGGCCGCGGUGUGGCCGUGUCGAUCGACCAAGCAGCUCUUGAGAUCAAGAUGAACUUCCACUACAGGGAGCACCAUUGGCCGCACAUCAAGGGCCACGGCCACCUGGUCAUCCACGCCAGUGGUAUUAACAUUGCCGUCGACAUUCACGUGGGCGAGCAGAAUGCCAGGCCCACCAUGUCGGUCAUUUCUUCGCACUGCAGCAUCGGCGACCUGAGCAUCAAGGAGCACGGCGGUCCCAGCUGGCUGUACAACUUCUUCCUCAAGGUGCUCCACAAGAUGAUCCAGAAGGCCGCCGAGAAGGCUGUCGGCUCGUCCAUCGAGAACCUGCUGAACCAUGGCGGCAACGAGGCCCUGCAAACGAUUCCCUUGGCCGAGCGCUUCAGCAACAUCGCCGAGGUGGACUACUCCCUGGUGGGCGGACCGACGUUCGGCCACAACUACCUGACCAUCAACGCCAAGGGCGAGUUCUACUACCUGCCCCACAAGCAGGAGGCGCCGUUCGCCGCGCAGCCGAUGCCGGACGAGAUCAACGGCGAGAUGAUGCAGAUCAUGCUGAGCGACUUCGUGCCCGACUCGGCCUCGUUCGUCUUCAGGGAGUCCGGCAAGAUGACCCACAUCCUCCAGGACAAGGACCUCCCCAAGUGGGCGCCCAUUCGUCUCAACACCAACAGCUGGUCCCACAUCCUGCCCGAUUUGACGAAGAAGUACCCGAACCUGGAGAUGCAGGCCGAGCUCCACACGACGUCGCCGCCCAAGGCCACCUUCAGCCACGACGGCAUUCGCGUGGCCGGCCCCGGCCAGGUGGUCGUCUCCGUCCUCCCGCACGGCGGCGCCCCCGUGCCCGUAUUCGCGCUCAACAUCGAUCUCACCACCAGCGCCAAGGUGACGGUGAGGGAUGGCCGAAUCUUCACCGAGCUGAGCUACCUCCAGUCGCCCAUCACCGUUGCGUUCUCGCAUGUGGGCACCAUCACCGUGUCGGAGGUGGACCACAUCAUCAAGACGCUCUGCACCGAUGCCAUCGUGCCGUUCUUCAACUACUACCUCUCGCACGGCGUCAACAUCCCCACCAUCAAGGGCGUCCACUUCGUCGAGCCGCACAUCGCCUACGGCCCGAGCUACCUCGCCAUCGCCACCAACAUCCACUACACCGGGUAA